CGCUUAUUCCGGGAAGUAGCUCCUAAGGCGGUACAGCUCACUAGGUAUUUGUUGUAUUGGAAGCAGAACUGCGCUUCAGUACACCGGUGAAACUGACUACAAUAAUAAAAUGAAAAGAAAUGUUUCAUUCAUGAAGUUCCUCUCGAUGGCCUUGCUAAGCUUAAUUAAUGAAGUGCUUCUUGCAUCAGUUAAUCUAGAAGAUGAGGCAAAGUCUUACUUUGACAAGCUGAACAAAAGCGAACACGGAGGCAUUGUGCACUGGAGUCUGGAUUCAGGAAGCAAAAUAUGGAUCAACGGAAAACUAAAGUCCCCGAUGAAGACAUCCGUCUACUGGAUCCAUUAUGAACGUUACCCCGAGUACCUAGAUGUGCGGUUGAAAUCUUGCACUGGAUCUUUUGUGUGGACUGUAACAGAUAGCAUAAUAAGUCCCUUUCCAAUCAUGGCGCAUGUUGCCGUACCUGUUAAAGUGACAGGGCUAACACCAAGGAUGGUACAAUUUGAUCUGAACAAUUUGAGAAGCACGGUACAGAAGAUAGAAAAGUGGAAUCACCAAACAUCAACACUCGGCCGGGCAAACCUGCUAAGGACAUGCACGUUCAUAGCCAAGGUGGGUUUCCACGGUUAUAUGCAAUAUUCGGACAAGCUACCAGACGAAACCUUCGAAACGCCACAUGCAGUAGGUGUUGGAGUACUCGAGGACAAAGAGAAAGGACUCGAGAGCCACGACGACGGCGAAACAUUGACAUAUAAUGUUACAGGAAUCUAUCAAGAGAGCAUCUACUGUUUUGAGGCCAACAGUAAUAAAUGAAGCUUCCAUAUUU